AUGGGCGACGUCGAGGUCGAAGACUUUAGCUUUGGGCGAGGCACUGUCCGCUCGACGACCAGCAGCAUCGAGAUCACGACGAUCGAGAUUACAGGCAGCGAGCUCAAGAACCACCGCUUCUCGCACAAGGUUCGAUCGUCGGACCCGUCACCAGCGUCCGCCACGCCGCCUGCGUCCGUUGAGCCCAGCGUAGCACCGCACGGCGCAGAGCUCAGCGUUGAGACGACGACGACGACGAUGACAAUGCUGGACGCCAGUCGUCCCAUCGAUCUUGUCGAGAUCUUGACGCCGGAGCAGAUGCAUCGCGUGUCCAUGGCUGUUCUUAGCGCGCUUCUUCUCGGUGGCGCGCUCGUUGUCAUCGCCAUGUGGGUCCAGCAACAGCGCCAUACACAACGCGCCCUUUCGUGGCUCGCCCACCAAACCAGCCGCGACGCCAUUGCAAAAGCGAUGGCCGGCGCGUCGGUCGAGUUUCAAGACGCGGCGGCGCUCCGCUUGCGACUGCUCGACUUUCAGCAUCAAGUCGACAAGCUUGUUGCAGCUGCCACGGCGACGACCUUUGAGGACGACGUGUGCACGUUCUCAUCGCCCUCGGGCUCGCUCGGCGAGCUCCUAACGUCGGUGCAGGCGGGUAUCUGCGAAGUCAAGGCAUUUGCGACCGAAGCGCACGCGCCCACCGAUCGUGCCAUGUGUGAGACGUGGCACACUGCCUUGUCGUCGCAUCUCGAGACGCUGAGUCGCCUGCAAGCACGGAUCCAGCGCAAGCUCCAUGCACUCUUGGCAUCCGACAACCACCGUAUGCAGUGGACCAUCGAAGAGCUGGAGCGUCUUUGGCGGCUCUGGAACAGCCUCGGCCUCGAAGACGAGCUCGACCAGACGUGGUAUACGACAACCCGCAAGGAGCUCGACGACCGAGCUCGCUGCGUGUCGCACCUCGAGUCGCUUCUAGUCGCGUUCUCGAAGUCGUCGUCGUCGCCGCCGGACGUGCUGCACGAGAUGCACGAACACCUCGCGACGGCCCAGCGGCACAAGUGGGUCCACGAGACCAUCGCACGCGUCGAGCGGUGUUUGCAAGAGACGAGCGACGCGAAUGACGCUCAGCUCGUCACGAUGACGCACACGACUCAAGUGUCGCGGGUCGAACGCGAGCUCUCUGCGUUUCGCGACCACCGGCAGGUGCGCAUCCAAGAAUAUGUCGAACGGGAUCGCAUGACGCACAGCGAAGCCGCGCGGCACCUCGACCGCAUGAUGUUUGACUACGCGCUGCAUUUACGACAACUCGAGCACGACCACGGGCUCGAGAACCAGCGCCUUGUCGAGCAACGACGCAUGCAUAUGGAAGUACUCGCUGACCGGCAACGCCGGGCGCAGGAAGCCGCCCACGAACAGCGAGAGCGCGACCGUCUGAAAUACGCCGCCAAACUCGAACUGGCCGAGAAGAAGAAGGCGAUGCGGGAAGCCGAGCGCCAAGCGAAGCGAGAGUUGAAGCGGCUGGAAGAACGCGCGAAAGAAAAGGCGCAGCUGCUGCGGGAUCGAUAUGCAGCCGAGUGGCGCCACGUCGAGCGCUGGGCGCGCUGGAACGGGUGCCUCCUUCUGCUCUUGCUCGCUAUGAUCUUUUGGGAAGUCAUUUCAACAAACGGCGCGUACUUCUCGCCGGCCUGCGACACGGAUGCCUCGUCUUGGUCUCCGUUCUCCACGACAUCGCGCUGGAGCUGCCAACUACUGUACGGACUCAAGGUGGCCGGCGGGCUCUUCUGCGUUGUUUUGGCGCUCUCGAUGUUUGCCUACUUGAACUUGCCGUCGGUCGGGCUCGGACUGCUCUGCACGCUGUUUAUCUACGCGUUUCGGCAAGUGUGGCGGGAGAUGCUCAUCCAUUGGCGGUACAUGCUCGGGCUCGGCCUCGGACAUUAUGUUGUCGGCGUUGUGCUUGGCCGAGAUCGGCGGCUGGCGUGGCACAUAAGUGGCUACAAUGUCCGUCCGCUCGUUGUCUACUUGGUCUACCCGCUGCUGUCGUGUCUUCUGACGAUCGCAGUGGGCAUCGCGUCGUGCCCGCUGCCCGACGUGUGCUUGGACCGCAGCCUCUUCUUGGUCCAACAGUUGUUUUAA